AUGGUUGAGUUUCCUUCGUGCUUUGGGCAGCCCAGUGCCCACUCUAGUACGAGUACAUCUUUCUUCUGUGCCGACCCCCGGCGGUUGGCACUCCUGCGGGGAGUCCCCGAUCUCCGAGCGCGCGCGAUAGCGGCCGGCCAACGUUCGCGUACGCGAUCCUCCGCCACUGCACCACGCCCUCCACGCCGCACUGCGGACCUGUGUGUGUGCUGGAGGCAGAGAGAAGUAGAUGGCAAGAGCGUCUCCCGAGUGGAAAAUCAUUUUCAGACGCAAAUGUGGCAGCCGCCGUCGCCCAAGCGCGCCAGGAGCGAAGUGAGCGACCUCCUGGAGAAGAACAUGACAGUUGCUUGUGUUGGCAAAACACCGGUUUCUGUUCUUCAAGAAUUACUCAGUCGGCGAGGAACAACUCCUCGAUAUGAACUGGUGCAAAUCGAAGGUGCCAUUCAUGAGCCUACAUUUCGAUACAGAGUUACGGUUGCAGAUGUCGUAGCAAUGGGAACCGGCAGGUCCAAGAAGGAGGCCAAACACGCUGCUGCGAAGGCCCUGUUGGACAAGAUGAUCGUGGGUCCAGGGGACGAAGGCUCCAUUCCUGUUGGCAACAGCAACACGAUGCCAGAAGUAGAUUCUGAGGAAUAUAUAAAACAUACAGAGAAUGGAGGAAAUACAGAAUCGAAGGUAGAUGCAGUAGAUGGCACUAAAGAUAUGAACACUACUGGAAAUUGUAGUCCAAUAAAAAAUAUUUUGAAUUCCUUCUCGAAGGUUCAUGAAGUGUCUAAAAACUUAGUAAUGGAAUCAGCAAGCAAAGAGUUGACACUUAAUUCCUUAAUAGCUAAAAAUGUCUCCUCGAAGAAAAGAAAAUAUGAAGAAAGUGUUACAAACGACCUAAUGGAAUCUUUGAAGUUACAAAAGCUGGAACUGACAAUUGAGUUAAUGAAGAAGGAUUGUUACCUGAAAAGUUUAGAAAUUCUCAAACUGGAAAGGGAUUUAGUUUAUAAAUGUUCCUAUGUGUUUCAAUUUGAUGGUAUUAUUUUGUUCAUUGCAUUUGAUUGUAUUCUGAAAAACGAGAUUGUGUCCCCAUAUGAUGAUAAAAUUCCUGGGAACCCGAUUGGUUCACUUCAGGAAAUGUGCAUGUCUCGGCGAUGGCCUCCACCAAGCUACGAGAUGGUUACUGAGGAAGGUUUGCCUCAUGAACGGCUCUUUACUAUUGCGUGUACUGUGUUCAAGCAGAGAGAACUUGGGACUGGGAAAUCCAAGAAACUGGCUAAGAGAAUGGCAGCUCAUAAAAUGUGGGAGAAACUUCAAGAUGCUCCUAUAGCCUCUAGCAACAUGCCAACAGGACUGGAAGAUGACGAUGAGAUUGCUCAGCGUGUUGCAAAUAUGGCAGCACGUUAUGCCGAUCUGAAAGAUAGUAAAAUCUCCACUCUGACGACAUCACAUAGUCACAAGGUGUCCCAGUUUCAUAAGAAUCUGAAGCUUUCGUCUGGAGAGAAAUUGUCUGAAUUGCAGAACAAAUCUCUAAAUGAUGCAACCUUCAACUUCGUACAGUUUCUUCAGGAGAUUGCAUCUGAACAGCAGUUUGAAGUGACUUAUGUUGAUAUUGAGGAGAAUGAUCCUAUAAGUUGCAGGUAA